CAGGAUUUAUAUCUGAAUACGCUGGUAGUUUUUACAAUGGCCCUAUCCGGACAACAUAACGAAAGUUAUAUGAUUCAUGCAGGAUAUAUGCAUGGUCGACCACGUUUUUCAAUACCACACCUUUCAACAAACUUCUUUGUAUGAAAAACAGGGAUUUCCUCUUUGACGUGCAAGUGUAUGAGAACAAAUGUGGUUUGAGGUAAAUGUAGAAAUCCGCACAUUACACAUCUGACCAAAAGCUAAUCACGAGAAGAUUUGAGGCCGCAUCAAACCGACAGUAAAAUAAUAUUGCUAAAUCUGCCAGAAUUGGACAGCACCAUUUGAUUAUUGAAAAUAGCAGUAGAAUGACUGAUCAGGUCAUGUCCGAGUCGGUGUAUAAAGGCCUGUGUCGUGAGAUAGGGACCCCACAACAGGUAGCCUACAGGAGAGAUAUACUGGACAUAAUGGAGUUAUUUAUUCAUCGAAUUACAAGAAUCGACCGGUACAGAAAGAUGCGGAGUGGUAGCAGUAGUGAAGGUUUCCGAUUACGUGGAUCAGACUUGGACAGUGUGUUCUGGCCACCUAACCACAAAGUGAUUUGGUACCACUAUCAGUCAUUUCUGUACAAAACGCAUGUACAUGUAGACAAAUAUGCAUGGAUUCUUUGUGACAAUUCUGAUAGUCCACCAGGAUACACUUUACUUUGGCUUCCAACUGAAUGUGCUGGUCCACGUGUUUUGUCAGCCUGUGAAAAGAUUCAAGAGAGGCUCUAUAUAUCAAGUUCAAUAUACAGAGAGAGCUCUUUAUCAAGGCCUGGUUCUACAGUGCAUGGACCAUGUAGGAGUGGAAAAGUGAUUUUUAUUUCAUAUGAUGACGCGUAUGGUUUUGGUAGCGAUUUCUGGCCUCCUUCGGCUUCCUCAUGGAUAGAGAGAUGUCACGCCUGGCCUUCACCUCAUGUUGUCGAGAACAUUGUCCGAAAUGGGUGUCAUUUCGUAGCAAUAGGACAUAAACUAGGAAACCAUAUAGACAACGAGUGGAGAAUUUCCUUCACUCAGGCUGAAAAGAAACUUGUGUACUCAAUGAAUCAUACACAAUUUUUAACAUAUGGUUUGCUAAAACUGGUCUUGAAUGAGAAAAUUAAUAUUGGUUUAAAAGAUGAAGAUAAACUACUAUGCUCCUAUCAAAUCAAAACAGUCGUUUUCUGGGCAAUUCAACAAAACCCACUGCAUCAAUGGUGUCCACAAAAACUUUUAGCUGGAUUUUGGGUGUGCUUUAAACUCCUUAUAAAAUGGGUGUAUGAGGGGGUCUGUCCCAAUUUCUUUAUUCCCCAAAACAAUAUGUUUCUUACAAAAAUCCAUGGAUCAGCACAAGUGAACUUAUUCAUGCAACUGUAUCGUGACUAUGAGGAGUAUUCCGAUAUCGCAUUUAUAAGCAGUCCAACAAUAAGACGUAUCAUUGAAGUUCGUGUUUUUUCCAAUUUUAACCUUAGGAUUAAUUUUCUUGAUGUCACUAAGCUACCGGGAGAUGAGUUUGAUGUUUAUUCAUUUGCCGAAAUAGAAAGUAAUGAGUACUGUCUUCCGGACCUACAAACCUUUGCAAAGGCCAUAAAAGCUGUAGAACGGCUGUUAUAUUCGCCCCUGACAGAGUGUCAGUUUGUUUGGAUACAAAAAUGUACAGUCUCAAAUCUUCAGAGAGCUGCUUUCAUUUUGCUUAACUUUUCAUUUUAUACUAAAGGAAGUUCCAACAAACUGGUAUAUAGUGCUCAUAACACGUCCCUCCACAUGCUGAAAUUAGCGGCAAAGUUUGGGUGUGUUUCUGACUUGUCGUAUAUUGCCAUUUACUUCUACAAGACAUGCAGAUACAGAGAAGCUUUAUCCGUUAUAGAGAAAGCAAAGGACAAGUUAGCACAGCCACACGUGAUAUAUUGGGGGCGAGUGAAACCAGAACAGUAUACCAAAGCCGUAGAUGGAAUGUCUAUGUCUGCAAAGAUGAGACAUGCUGUUGCAAUCGAUGUUUCUCUCGAAAAUGACAUUUGUUACAUUAAUGAGUUGAUAUCAGAACAACGGUCUAGUAAACAAAAUGGACAGUAUACACUGUUUAUCCCACCCUUCAUAUUACUGCACAUGCUAGAGUUUUUCUGCUUUCAACAUGUUGACGCACAGAGAGCAAAAGCGGCUCUAAAAGAUAUCGAGCUCAUGGUCCAUAGUGAAAAGUUAGAAGUCGUACACGUUCCUUUGUAUGACAAAGAUAUCUCCUGGGAGAUCCUUGGGAUCUGUCAACAGAUCACAGGGAACCUCCAGGCUGCCCUGUACUCAUACAAGCAAUCACUAAAAUACCCAUUCCAGAAAAUUCAAACUGCUACUAUCCGCAGAAUUUGCGAUUUAAUUAAAAAGAUGAGAAAAUAAGAUUUAGCGGGUGGUAUAUCCUAAAAAUUUCUCAUUUUUCAUAAAAUAUAUUAAUUUGCAAUGCGUCAACAUAAAAAGAACAACCCUAAAACUGACUAAUUUAAAAUAGUAACAAUUUGAUUUUAAAGAAAAUCUUUCUGAAUAUCAAUGUUUUUAUAAAUUUAUUAAUGCAGUCCCCAGUAUGUAAAAUAUAAUUGUUAUAUACUUCAAUAUUUUUUUUUGUAUAAAAUAUGAGCAAAUUUUUUUAUGACCUCAAUCAUUUUUGUCAUCAAAAUGUUAGCAAGAAUCAACAUACACAUGUAUAAAGGUUCAAUUUUUUUUUCGGUGUUAUCAUUGUCCGUAUAUAUAAUGACUUGUGUGAGCGUGUGUGUCUAUAUACAUGUACAUGUAUAUAUAAUUAAGAACCAUAAUCAAUGAGUACAUAUAUAUUGUUUUAAUGGUUAUUGUCAGAGAUCUUUUAUGUACAUAAAAGUAGUAUACUUAUGCUGUAAUUGUACUAUUUAAGUUUUUGAUUUUUUUCUCUCUAUCCACAAACUGGUUUUUGCCAACCUUUUUUUUUUGCCCAUCUGAAUACAUAUUUAAUGCAUCUAUUUUUUAUGCUUCAUCAUACUAUUCUUUUUAUGUAUUACCUUGCACCUUAUGGAGAAAGCUUACAUAGGCAUUGCCUGCUGCGUAAUCUAUUUAUGUAAAUGUAUAUUUGCAUAAUAAAAUAUGUUCAAAUCAAAUCAAAUCAGAGAUCUAUUUUUAUCACCAGAACAGGAUAAGGGCAUUUCUUGUUGUUAUUAAAAUAUUGUAAAAAAGUAAAUUGUACAGACAUUGUAAACCUGAACAACAAUGCUGAAGUAGUUAAUUAACCGCACUACGAUUAAAUAAUAUAAUGCAAAAACAUUCUUAAAUCAACGUCUUUUUUUGAAAAUUAUUUUGGGCACACGUUAUAAAAAACAUUAUUUCAUGUAGACCUUAAACAUCAGUCAAAAAAUACAAGCUUAAUUUGUAUCUUUAUUUUAUAUAUUUAUAUUAAUGGUAGUAUGGGACACCUUCAAUCAAAAUAAACAAUAAAAUCAAGAAUAAUUUUAUUUUUAUUUCUUUCCCAGAAUUGAUAACAACAAGCGUAGCGCAAUGUGUCUAAGCGUUAACUACGAAUCUGUAAGUCUGGAUUUCAAAUGCCGCUGGGGAUUUUAUAAUUUAAUUUUGUUUUUCCAGAAACUUUUAAAACAUAUUUUUCCGUUCAAAUAUUGUAAAAUUUGAAAAUUCUAAAUCGGUAAAAGUGUUUGGUUAUAACGUACUUUAAUUAAUCCACAUUAAUAUCCACAGGUGUUAAAUUCUACCUUUAAAUUCUUAAAAAUAUUCCAUAGAUUUAGUUAAUAUGCAUGAUUUACAUCAAUUUGAUGAUUGUGUACGUGCUGAUUUACUCAAUUCUUGAGACAACCGGUAUAUGGGGACAUCUAAAAAGACUUUCCUGAAUGCCUUAAAUAAUUAAUGAAUCCGAAGUAAAUAAUAAAAGU